AAAAAACCUCGUACAAACAAGACAACCAUCCAGAUCAAAAACUAAACGGCCACAAAUAUUUCCGUUUCCUUUUUGCAAACAAUUAUCUUAUAACAUUAUCAGUUUUUUAGGGGAUUGAUAGAAAAUGGCGGAUUUGAGGGAUGAACAUGGGAACCCUAUCCAGCUGACCGACCAGUACGGCAACCCUGUCCAGCUUAAAGAUGAACACGGCAACCCUAUGCACCUUAGCGGUGUUGCUCUCACCUCCGGCAAGCCUAGCGUCACUGGAACUGCGCCCACCGUCGCCACUGCCGCUGCCGCCCCCGGCGAGCAACGUCAGGAGCAGCUUCAUCGCUCCAGCAGCUCUAGUUCUAGCUCGUCGGAGGACGAUGGACAAGGAGGGAGGAGGAAGAAGAAAGGGCUGAAAGAGAGGAUAAAGGAGAAGCUUCCCGGAAGUGGGAAGCACAAGGAGGGGCAACAGCAAGAACACGCACACAGCGCCGCCACCGGAGAGCCCAUCACCACCACCGGCAGCGCCACCUCGACCACGACGGCUGCGGGUCACGAAAAGAAGAGCAUGAUGGAGAAAAUUAAGGAGAAGCUCCCUGGUCAUCACCAUACUAGUUAAUUAGCACUGUUUAUUCUCUGUUGAUCUGUAGUAUGAUUAAUCUUGUUAUCUUAUCUGUGC